AUGGAUGUCUUGCCUUUGUUGCGAGUGCUGGCACCACGCCCUGCCUCGGAUCUCGACAGCGCUUUGCUGUUCCACGGCGGGUGGCUUUCUCCGGGAGGCCCAAGCCAUACGGCCACCGCACAGCCAGCACUGUGGCAGGGCAUCGGAUGCCGGCCGUUACCGCGGCCAAGGGAUAUAGAGUCGGCAUGGAAGAAUGCUCGGAUUUUACCAGUAUCGGCAGCAGAGGUGCCUGGCCUGUACAAGCGUACAGACGUACAAACGGUAUCCGAUGCACCUGCGCAUCGCUCCCGACCUGCCGGGACAAGUGCGCAGAAGCCCGAUGAUGGGCUGCUGGCAGACUUCAGGCAGAAGUUUCCAGAAGUCUCUACUGGUGUCACUGAACCUAGCGCUCCAGCCGUCUCCCAUGCAACAACCGCAGUCUUCAAUCCCAUUAUCAAUGCACCGACCCACGACAGAGUACAUCUCGAACAUGAAGCCUUUCGAGAUAUGGACCCAACACCUCGGGCUGUCAAUGACCCUUGGCGAUUCACACCAUCGCUCUUAGACGCCAGUGCCUUCUCUUUCAACCCUCUCACUCCUGGUGUUACUGGUGUCCCUGUUGCCGGCGUCCCUGGUGCUCAACCCUACUAUCCUCCUACUCCUGGAGGGUCUGGCACUUUGCUCCCGCAAGUGGUUGAGAUGCAACCUCCUUCUAUGGCUAUCAGCACUGGCCUGGAGACUCCUUUAUCGGUACCCACAACCCUUGAUAUUAUACAGCCUAGUGUUGAAAUUUCUAGUCUGGCAGCCUUUCCUACGAUAGAAGCUCAAUCGAUACCUCCGUUUGGCGAUCCAUUUGCUGUUCGGGGGCAUCCGCACCCAGCGUUUGUACCGUCCGAAUUCGUACAUCAUGAUACAGGAUACGAAACGAUGGAGCCUGACGGAUCUCCAAUGGAUUCUGACCCGUCAGACGAACGAAUGCCGACGAUCGCCGCUGCGCUACAUCCACAGCAACUGGCGGUAGUACAAAGCGUCCAACCUCUGCCGCCCUCCGCCGAAAAAUUCCGUUUCCAUUCGACUUUGAAUGCCCCAACAGCCAUGGUAAAGCAUGCCACCGAGAUUCCAGUCACUUACCUGAACAAGGGGCAAGCAUACACUUUAUCUGUCGUGGAUACAGGUGUUCAUCCUCCGGUUAGCCCCGGUACCCGAUAUAGGACCUAUGUGCGUAUAUCUUUCGAAGAUGAACAUCAGCGACAAAAGCCAGGCGUUUGCUGGAGCUUGUGGAAAGAGGGAAGAGGGACAAAUGAAGCUCACCAAAGAGGAGGCCGCCUCCAAGCUGUCGAGUAUGUCGAAGCCGGCCAGCCUGUUGACGGCGACGACAAGAGAACUCGCAUAGAGCUGGAGUCGUCUUCCUUUGACUGUUUUUCUGUCAUCUGGACCCCAGGCUUGAAUGGCGCUGCCGAAGCCAACAUUCCCGUUCGCUUCAACUUCCUUUCGACAGAUUUCAGCCAUUCAAAAGGUGUUAAAGGCAUUCCUGUACGACUCUGCGCAAAGACUAGCCUCUACACUGCAGAUCAGCUACCUUCGCCUCCGGAGGCCACCCCUGAGGUUUGCUAUUGCAAAGUCAAGCUUUUCAGAGACCACGGUGCUGAGCGAAAGUUGUCCAACGAUGUGGCUCAUGUGAAAAAGUCAAUCGACAAAAUGAAGCAGCAAAUCGCGCAAGCUGAAGGUGGGCUCAAGGAUUUCAAGCGAAAAAGGAUGAGCGGCUUGGGCAAAGCAGGGAUGCCCAACAAGAUACACAAACACAAGAGAACAUGGUCCAUGUCUUCAGCCAGCUCUGCUGGCGGCGCAGCUCCUCGACUCUCGUUGGAAGAUGACCUACAGUUCAAGUUGCAGACACUCCAGGACAUGUUUACCAGCACGAGGCCGGUGAGCGUUUUGUAUCUGCGGGGUGAGGAGCUCGACGACCCUGACUUGCACCCCGUGUCGCUACAGGGCGACGCGGCAUCUGGCAAGGUAGAAUUCCUGCGCGAAGGAAGCAUCUGGCAGGCUCGCAGCACCCACAGCUCUGUAGCCGGAUCAUUGGUGUCUCCCUCCCCAAGCUCACUCUCUCUAGCAUCUCAAGCAUCUGCCAUCGGCUCUGGCGUCCAGUGGCACAAUUUCGACUCGACCGGCGUCAAGAGGGUAGAAAACCCCACCACAAUUGGCAAAACGGAAGACGAUGGUACCUUGAGUGGGUGGAUUGAAGCCCUGGGCGUCGACCCGUCUUACCGACCUCCUUCCGAACGGCCGGCGAAACCGAUUGCAUGCUUCUACAUUGCCCGCGUAGGACAGGCGGGGCCUGGAAAGAAGGAAUACCACAGGGCGAUUUACCUUUCCGCGCGUACACUCAAUGAACUCGGCAACCGGAUCGCCGCCAAAUGGGGUCUCGACCCAUCUCGCAUCAUUCGAAUAGUACAUGCGACAAAGAUUGGUAUAGAGAUCGAAAUGGAUGACGACGUGGUCCAGGAGCUGAAAGAGGGCCAGGAUAUGCAGCUGGAGAUUGAAGAAGUGAUUGAACAGCCAGACAUGAAGCGGGAGUGGGAGAUGUCGAUUGAUGACGAACCCGAGGCGUCUCCUUCAACAGCGGGCCUAAUUCUUCGGCUUAUUUACUGAGCUUAUUCUGACCCUCUACAGCUGAAAAGCGUGACUACAUUUCUUCCCUUGUUCUCUUUUACAUCUUCUUCGUUGGGAAUUUAGCAAUCAAGCGAGAUGGACUUUGGAGGAGGAUAUUGUGCUGGCGUUGGACGGUGUUGACGAUAAUUUCAGAGAUACCAGGGCGCUUGGAUUUACGAUGGAAUAAUUGCAUCUCUUUCUUCAAAGCAGCUGAUGGGACGGAUACAGUAUUAUUUACUCGCAUCCUGCUGGGCGGGAGUGGGCCGAUGAUAUGACCAGUCAUGCUUUUGCUGCCUUUGAAUAAUCCCUCCGAGCCCCCAUCAUUCGACAAACUGCUCUCUUUCGCUCUCUUUUUCUUCUUUUCCUUUUUCCCCCUUUGUUCUUUCUUUCUUUCUUUUCGGUUAAUUUCAUGGAAGGAUUUAGGGCUCGGCUGUAUACGCAUUUAGCUGGGAUAGGACACGAGUAAUAUUGUUUUUUGUUUGAACUUGAAUUAUAAUAGUGGGCAAAAGGUGGCAGGAUGUGUUGGUACACAAUGGAUGAUACACGCUAUGGGUAGGAAGAGGCAUUAAUGGGAAUACGACCAAACACGCAGCAUUAUACACUUUUGAUAUCCCUAUUUGGAGUUUUGAGUUUAAUAAUAAUGGCUUAUAGUCUG